CUAAGCGCCAGUUACAUCGCCAGCCAAGUAUUGCUUACUAAGGAAUGAGUGCCGCAUCCUCGCCUUCAUGCUCGCCAUCGAUUAAGCUGAUCCUCACCAUACUCAUCAAUAUAGUCGCUCACUACACGCUUUUAAAUGGCUGAUGUGUCGGAUGAUGGUGGAUCUGUUGCUGAUCAGAUCGAUAAUUCUGAGGAAACCUCUCCAGAUGAGUUGAACGCAGUCGCCAGAGAGAACGCGCUGAGAGUCGAACGUAACCGCAGACGUGCUGAGAGACGUGCUGAUGUCGUCAACUUAACAGCCGUGUCUGACGACGAGCCACUGAUUGAGGCACCCUCUCGAACAACUUCUCCCGGUCCUUCUCUCCCAGAGACUCCAUCUUCCGUUGAUUCAUCCCCAUCUUUGGUGAUGCACCCGGCCUUGCAAAACUUUGAUAUCAUAUGCACAAUCUGUUCACACGUGCACCGCGGGUCGCUUCCUGCCCUUGCAUCCACAUGCCGCAUCUUCGAGCGCCCAGCGCUUGAUGUCCUUUGGAGGAAUCUGCAGUCCGUUGAGCCUCUUGUCAAAUGUCUACCAAGUGACCUGUUUGCUAUUGAGCUAGGUCGUAUGGCAUUACUGAAACCUCUCGACACCAGGAUAUGGGGUAUUCUUUGCAAAUACACGUCUCGCGUGCACUCCAUCACACAAUCAGACCGCUCAGCGGUUAUUGAGCCCCUUGGUUCGAUAAUGCUGUCUUGUCCUUCGGCGCCUGCGUCCAUGUUUCCGAACCUUCGCGAAUUAACAUGGCAUGCAGAUGGAACGCACUACGCUGCAGAGUUCUUGCGCAUGGCUUUUGUACCCACCCUACUGUCCUUGGACAUGAAUAUUUCUUCAGCUUCCACCGUAUUUCUCUCAGUUCUUUCGUCUCUUGGAAUCUUGUGUCCUCAUCUCCAGACACUGAAUAUGCGGUUCCCAUCUGCAACCAACGAGUUGCUUCGUAAAACUUCACCCUUCGUUGCACAAUCCAUUUCCCAGCUCCACCGUCUCCAGGUAUUAUUUGUAUGGGACCUAGGAAACCAAGGCAACGAGCACCUUAUGCAGCUGCAAGCUCUGCUGACACUGUGGUUGGACUUAAAAGCAUCAUCAGCUUGGGAAAGACAGUCGCUCUUGCAAUUCCCCGGCUUUCACAAUUUGUAUUCUUUGGUCCUUUUCAUCGACGAUCUCGAGCAUGCCGCGGAGUUCUUGCGUUCGUUUCAGGUCAUCGACAGCAAAAACAUUGGAAUCCGCUUCACCGCUGCUCACCCCUCCACAAGUUCAUCUACGACGCUAUCCCAGUUCUUCACUGUCCUCGGGGAGACAUGCGACCACAACAAUCUUAUGUCCUUCAGUCUCCGUGAAUCGACAAAAGUCAGCACAAACCCGGACAUCUUCAAGCCACUGUAUACAUGCCACAAUUUAACUCGGUUGUUCGUUGGGCGCAGCUGGAACAUUUCUAUGGCUGAUGAGGAGCUCUGCCAGCUGGUGAGAGGCUGGCCUAAGCUCCAAGUGCUCGACAUCAGCCGAUUUGUCGCCAUCAAUGAGACCACGAUACCUACAUUCCACGGGUUAAUCAGUUUACUUCGGCUCUGCCCUGCCCUGACUUCGCUCACUCUUGUCAUCGAUACCACCAAGCUGGAUGGUAUAGAUUUCAAAACCCCUGGUGAUGGAAUUUUCAACAACCAUCUUGAGAAACUUGUUCUCACCAAUUCGCCCAUGACAUCCCCGCUAAACGUAGCUCUAAUCCUUAGUGGCCUCUUCCCCAACCUGCUUAAAGUUGAUCUUGGUUGUUGGGAUUCGGCCCCAAAGAAUUUGUUACCCCAGAAGCAGUCAGCGAUGCACCUUGAACAAUGGGAGGCGGUCAACCUCUUUCUUCUCGGCUUCGGCGUCGUAAGGGAGAGAUGCACGGGAAACAUGACGCCGUCCGACUUCUAGGCUGCGCUUUCGAGUAUCGCAUUGUACACUUUCAAGUCUCUAUGCCUGGAUUUACGUGGUUUCUGCAGUACAUGUUAUGCUAUGCGCUUAGAUUUCGUUUAAAUACAAAGCGCUCGCAAAACAGUUGCCAAAUUCCGUGAUCUCUUCUCUGGUUUUUUUGCGGGAUUACCUGCCAGACGACAGACGCCAACCACUUGCC